AUGCCGUCCAGAAAAAAAACAGCCAUGUUUGCAUCUGCUUUUUUUACCAGUGUUUGCUCUUUCGUGAUUAUUUGUGUUGCUGGCACCCAGCACUGGAUGAGUAGCGAGGUUCGCUUUUCUGGCACAAAUUCCAGCGUUACCGUGAGUCUCACCUACGGACUUUUUAGCGGUACCUGUGAACAGUUCGUUGAUGCGGGACUUCAGGUUUCAGAAAGGACUUUCCAAGUUGCAGAUAACCUGAGCAACACCAAGGCGAAAAGCAUGAUCACUGCGAUUAUUGUGAUUCUGAUUCUCAGUUUACUGAGUUCCCUUCUGAGUUCUGGAUUUACCUGCACUAAUGCUGUCAGUAAUCCCUACCAGACGUUUUUGGGACCCACCGGAGUCUAUACCUGGAAUGGCUUAUGCGACAUCUUCAUAGUUAUAGCCAUGAUACUUUUUCCUGUGAACAUAGAAGAAAACGGCCUGUCUAUAGAAUUGGCCCGUGGAUGUUUUUCUUUUCUGCAGACUCAUAGCAAAUCUGAACACACUUACGGAUAUUCAUAUUGGAUCAUGCUUCUCAUCAUUUUUCUGAACACUGCUUCUAUCAUCAUCAUAUAUUUCUAUGACCAUGCAAGAUAUUCUAAGAAGAAAGAACAGGAAAAACCCAUUGAAAAUGCACCGAAAGAUGUCAUUCUGUUUUAA